AGGCGACCGCCGCUCCACGGGCGAGCAUCCCUGUCCCAGGACCUGCCCCUCGCCCAGCCCGCGAGCGCGUCGCACGAAGGCGCGUCCGCAUCCAUGCCCGGGCCAAGGGAGAAGGCGUUCGCAGACCCAGGCGUGUGAUGCGAGGCUGAGCGCGUGGCACCCGCGUCGUGCCGGGCCGAGCCGGACGCGGGAGGAGAGGGGCGCGCUCCUGCUCUUCUAGCAGUGCGCUGGGCGGGGCGCGGCUUGGGGGGGCCCGGCCAGCCGCGGGAAGCAGCGGAGGAGCAGGCGCGCUCCGGACCCGAAGGAGGGCACCGUUAAAGCUUUGCCAUCAAUUGUGAGCCCAGUGAGUCCGUCCUAAGCUAACACACUAACUCUACAGCCCUCACGCCCCCAAACCACCGAAGGCGGCGACACCUGAUCCAGAGCACAAACACGGGUCCCUUCUGUCCCCGGAUACAAUUACGCGGCAGAGACACAUUCAAACUCACGCGCAGCAGCCAAGAGCCGAGCUAUGAAGUCUUACACUCCGUAUUUCAUGCUCCUGUGGAGUGCUGUUGGGAUGGCGAAGGCUGCCAAAAUCAUCAUCGUGCCGCCAAUUAUGUUUGAAAGCCAUAUGUACAUUUUCAAGACACUAGCCUCAGCCUUGCACGAGAGAGGCCACCGCACAGUGUUUCUUCUCUCCGAAGGCAGAGACAUCGCGCCAUCUAAUCAUUACAGCCUCCAGCGCUACCCAGGGAUUUUUAACAGUACCACCUCGGAUGCUUUCCUGCAGUCCAAAAUGCGGAAUAUUUUCUCUGGGAGAUUGACAGCAAUCGAACUGUUUGACAUACUGGAUCACUAUACCAAGAACUGUGAUAUGAUGGUUGGCAACCGUGCCCUGAUUCAGGGUUUGAAGAAAGAAAAGUUUGACCUGCUGCUGGUGGACCCUAACGACAUGUGUGGAUUUGUGAUAGCCCAUCUUUUAGGGGUUAAAUAUGCUGUAUUUUCAACUGGCCUUUGGUAUCCUGCAGAAGUGGGUGCUCCUGCCCCAUUAGCUUACGUCCCAGAGUUUAACUCACUCCUCACAGACCACAUGAACUUGCUGCAAAGGAUGAAAAAUACCGGCGUUUACCUCAUUUCCAGAUUAGGGGUCAGCUUUCUGGUUCUUCCCAAAUAUGAAAGGAUAAUGCAGAAGUACAACCUGCUGCCAGAGAAGUCCAUGUACGACUUGGUCCAUGGGUCCAGUCUGUGGAUGCUGUGUACAGAUGUGGCACUGGAGUUUCCGAGACCCACUCUGCCUAAUGUUGUGUACGUAGGAGGAAUCCUCACCAAACCGGCCAGCCCACUACCAGAAGAUCUCCAAAGGUGGGUAAAUGGUGCUAAUGAACAUGGCUUUGUCCUGGUGUCUUUCGGAGCUGGUGUCAAGUAUCUGUCAGAAGACAUUGCCAACAAACUGGCUGGAGCUCUGGGGAGAUUACCCCAAAAAGUGAUUUGGAGGUUUUCUGGAACCAAACCAAAGAAUCUAGGAAACAACACGAAGCUCAUAGAAUGGUUACCACAAAAUGACCUGCUUGGGCAUUCAAAUAUUAAAGCCUUCCUGAGCCAUGGUGGUUUGAAUAGUAUUUUUGAAACUAUGUAUCACGGUGUACCUGUAGUGGGAAUCCCACUCUUUGGAGACCACUAUGAUACUAUGACUCGGGUCCAGGCAAAAGGCAUGGGGAUAUUGCUAGAAUGGAAGACAGUUACUGAAGGAGAGCUAUAUGAAGCACUGGUGAAAGUUAUCAAUAAUCCCAGCUACCGUCAGAGGGCCCAGAAGCUUUCAGAAAUCCACAAGGAUCAACCUGGCCACCCUGUCAAUCGGACUGUCUAUUGGAUAGAUUACAUUCUUCGUCACAACGGAGCCCAUCACCUACGUGCCGCUGUCCAUCAAAUCUCUUUCUGUCAGUAUUUUUUACUGGAUAUUGCCUUUGUGCUUUUGCUUGGUGCUGCCUUGUUCUACUUCUUCUUGUCCUGGGUGACAAAAUUUAUCUACAGAAAAAUCAAAAGUUUGUGGUCUAGAAAUAAGCAUAGCACAGUUAACGGACAUUACCAUAAUGGAAUCCUCAAUGGCAAGUACAAAAGAAAUGGCCAUAUUAAACAUGAAAAGAAGGUGAAAUGAGCCAACAGCCCACAGGAUAGUAACAAAUCUGUUCAUUGAAUUUUUAUCACUAUAAUUUAGUCUAACAACUACUAAAAGUAAAAUGUUGGUAAACAAUUCUAACACUCCCUUAUCUGAUCUUACUAACAAAAUUCUAUGGAAUUAAGAUGGCUGUAAAAAGCACAAACCUAAAAUGCAAAAAUGUAUUUUAUUCGAAUACUGAUACAGAGAGUUUUGGCACUGAACCUUUUAGAAGCCUUAAUUAUUUAAAUCAAUUAAGUGACCAUGUCAAACCUUAGUUUUGAAUCUUGAUAUGUGUGUUUCCCAAAUGAGGAAUGGUUUCUUUUCUCUUAAAAAGAUUUAUUUGUUUGCAUGUAUGUGUGUAUGUAUGUGUGUUUCCUAAUUAAGAGAAUUUUUAGCUGGCUGCUUGGCAUAUUUGUUGAAGGUGCAACACAUUCAAGAAUGAAUUUGAAAGACAGGCUCCAAAUGUUUCUUUUCUAGAAUUUAAUAUAUGUGAACUCAGAACACUUGACCCUGAAAGAAUACUUUUCCCUCAAAACUGAAUGCAGUGGGAGAAAAUGAAAAGAUACAUGGCACCAUUUUUAUACUUUUUUGGGUUUUUUUUUUGUUUGUGUUAGUUUUUUUGUUUUGUUUUGCUUUAUGUUUUUGUUUUCUUUUUCUUAUAGGCUGUGGACACUUCUGGGGGAAAAAUACAUGCAAUUAAGUAAAUGUAUAAAUCGGUUGUCAUAUUUUACUUUUGUUCUCCCCCUACCAAUAAUUU